AUGCUCACACACACACGCACACACACACACACACACACACGCACACACGCACACGCACACGCACACGCACACACACACACACAAACGCGCAAACAGGACUGUGCGUAAAAGGCCAACUUGCGGAGUGUCUCCAGCGCGUCUCCGGGAGUCUCCUCAGUGCAGAACGGCGAGGCGCGCGGUGGAGGCGUAAAGAUUGUAUGGCACCUCACUUGUGCGUCAUGAAUCCUGCCCUAGGACCCCCCUCAGCCGCCUCUCCCUACCCGGAGGAGACCCGUCCGCAGGACCGCACGGCUCUGGAACUCGAUGAGCUCCGUAGACUCGACCUGUCUCCGGUCAGAGGACGCAAGAAGGAGAAGAGGUCGCGACUUUCCUUCAGCGUGGAGUCGCUGAUCUCGGGCGAUAGGACGCCGAUGGGGAGCGACGCGAGCCACGCGACGGAACGGAUUUUGGGGAGUGAGGAUCGCUCCUCCGGUGAGACUGGGUCUCCCGGGGAGAGACGGCUUAUACCCGGAGAGGGGACGGAGCUCUCCAACUCGUCCAGUGAGGAGACGGUCCCGGAUCCAAGACCCUGGUGCCGGACCCCUCAAGCGUCCCCUCACAGACUCCCCAGCCCUCCCCCAUGCCCGCUGCGGAAGCACAAGAACAACAGAAAACCCAGAACUCCCUUCACCACGUCCCAGCUGCUGUCCCUGGAGAGGAGAUUCCGGCAGAAACAGUACCUCUCCAUCGCGGAGAGAGCAGAGUUCUCCUGCUCCCUCAGCCUCACGGAGACCCAGGUCAAGAUCUGGUUUCAGAACCGCAGGGCCAAGGCCAAGAGGCUCCAGGAGGCCGAGCUGGAGAAGAUCAAACUGGCGUCCAAACCGCUUCUCCCCGCCGCCUUCGCGUUCCCCUUCCACCACAACAUGGGCCCUCUUUACGCGGCCCUCCAAGGACCCCGGCACGCCCUGUCGGUCCCUGGACUCUACAGCGGGCCCUACGGGAUGUACUACUUGUCAUAACGUCCACUCUUGAACUUUGAUGAGUUGUGUUAUAGCGCUGCCUUACUCGACUCUGCCUUUAUACGCCAAUGCCUUCUGAGACGCAGUUCGCUUUUACGCAUAAGCGCAUUUGUUGCGCGCUCGGAACGCUGCAUAUUCAUAUCCAGCGCACAAACGGUUAACGGUGUUACACUGCGGGGUUCCAGCAUCACUUCAUCUCCCUGAUGUAUGAUCGCCUGAAUUAAUAAUACCAGGCCACGAGCACCGGCUAAAUGGAAAAUAUGAACAACAUUAGCGAUUGUAUAGGCAGUGGCCUGCCCAAUAAUACGAUUAAUGGCCAUUGCGCAAAACGGGCCUUGAGACAAGCAGGCCUAUACGUCAGCCUGUAGGCUAUCUGAACUUUAUAAAUUAUGCAACACAUGCCCUAAUGUUAUUAAUGUUAGUCUUUACUACAUUUAAAAUCCGUUCUCUGAUUCGAUACAUUUGCCUAUGUAAAGAGAACCAAUCAUGCUGGACAAGUCGGUGAUAAAACGCAUCAAUACAGAACCGCGGACGGCCUGAGCACAUUCAUUGCGAGAGGAAUGUUACAAAAAAAAUAUUUAAUAAUACUGGGCUUAUGAUAGAAAUCUUUUUUUAUACAUGGAUCUUUCAACUGUAAAUUAAUUUAGAGCAUGACUCCAAGAUAUGCAUGAUCAAAAGGAAUAUGAAAUAUAGGCCGUCCUCAGUCUCUUUCUACUCUUCACGUCCUGUCAUUUUGUAGGUUCGUUACCUCAGUGAAAUCCACAAAAUGCACAGCUGUUAAUAGGCCCUUCAAGCUUGUUAUUUUAAGUGCUUCCUUGACUCUAGAGGUGUAAAUAAAUAUUUUUUUCCGAAACCUUUUAUAAUCACAUUCUCAAAAAAAUAUAUUUAUAAUUGCCUUCGGUUAAGUGUGUUAUUGUUUGACGAGUUCGUUUUUGUACCAUUAUUAAAAAGAAAAUCCUGCUUUAUUUAUCAGUCAAUUUCAUACCCAACAGUGACGCCCUUAAUUCAUUUGGUCUGAGUCAACAUUUUUUAUGGUCGCUUUUUUCCACUCAGCACGUUGCAUUUUAAUGCAACGCAAGUUUUUACAAAUGUUUAAACUCUUGAACGGACAUCAACAAAAAAUUGGUUUGGAUAAUAAUAAUCCAGAAAGAGUUAUGGUCUGAGCUCAUGUAAAGGCAGCAUCCUCAUCCCUGCGGCAAGGAUAAGGUGAGUCGUUAUUUGUAUAUGGUGUUAGGAUGGACGUGGGCCUUUGUUUCCUAAAUCAGUACAAGUGCAUUCGGUCAGGACCUUGGACACACUCCCACACACACACACACACACACACACACACACACACACACACACACACACACACACACACACACACACACACACACACACACACACACACACACACACACAAGCACAUAUAUAUAGGCAGAGAAAACAGAAGCAUAAAUGAAGGGUCAUACAAUUAAUAUCAAGUCAAUAAUUAUUGGAAAAAUAGUUUAUUUAAGGAUGUGCUGAAUUGCAAGUCAUGUCAUUAUACAAUGGUUCAAAUCGAACGUUAUAGGAACGGGGGACUUUUACUGCAGUGGGUCACUUCCUCCUGCCUCGACCUCUGAACCCUCGCACCGAGCCUUUCCCGAAGCACACAGUGGCCGGGACCCUGAGGAAGGAAGACAUGCUCAGCCAAUCACAACGCAGCACCAGAGAGAGACCACCAGCACUCAGUACACUUGAGAUCAAACAAUGCUACCUAUUGGAUCUAUUGGAUCAUUGGCAGGUUAGUUACCGGCCAAUGAUCAAAUAAGGUUAAUAAUAAAUCAGUUAAAUAAGUUAUACUAAACAAAAAUAAAGGGGCAUUUUUUGAGGGAAUAGAUCACAAACAAUACAACAUUUUAUUGUACAACUGCAAUUAUGGUAGUUCAGAACAUUUAAAACACAAACUAACACUAUGGUUCCCGGCCCGUAGAUAUCGAAUUCUCCAACUAUGACUAUUUAUUUAGUAUUACCAAUAAGUGUAAUCCCAAGCAAAUCGCAGUGGACAAAGACACAGGGCAUUAAGGAGCAGGUAGGGGUUAGGUACCUUGCCCAUACCUUCUAUCAUGUGUUUCGCAAUGUAACUUCAAUGUAUGCUAACAUAAAAUGUCCGAUUAUUUUCUGGAUGCCGACCUCGGGGAUCGAACCCGGAACCUUUCAGCUGGGCGUGGAACCCUUCUCCUAUGAUGCAGCCGUGGUUCACCACCCACCUGUACGAGUAGCGGGGUCUCUGCCCGUCGCUGACAGUCUCUGCGUCCGGCUGAGGGGUCCCCCCGCUGGGAGGCCCCUGCUCCCCGGGCCCGAGGGGCUCCACGGUCUCCAUGUCCUCCUCCUCCUCCUCCUGAUGCUGCUCUGGGUCAGCGGCAGGCAGCAAGGCCUCACACACGCCCUCCAUCAACUCCGCACCGCCGGCCUGCUGCCUCGGCUGAGGUUUCUGCUCUUUCCUAUUGAAAUGCACAAUGUCAUCGUUACGCCGAUAACAUACAUGGGGAUAAACAACUUAUUCUGAACUCAGGGAAGACAACAUGACGAUAGUAUUCGGUUUUGUAAUGCAGAAAAAAAUCUAUUGCACUAACAAAAAAACAAAUUUCGGAAUUUCUCCUUUGAUAAAGAGUAAGCUUUUAGUUAGUCUUAUAUACAUUUACAAAAUACUGAACAUUUACAAAAAAAAAACACAUAUGUGUCACACAUUAUGUAUUAUUGGAUUUAAUCCAAUACAAAUGUAGAUACACCUCUGAUAGUCAUCGUAUCCAUAUCUAUUGAUCCCUGAGAUAUAAUCCGUUGGUUAUGUUUUGGUCAGCCACGAUGUCAGAUAAAAGGUUUAUACUGCCACCUAGAGGACAUACGACGGAACAACUGACCUGUGUUCCCGUUUAGUCUUGUCGAACCUGAAGUCAGGGGGGUACUUGUGUAUUUGAAUCAGGUGGUCUUUCCUCUGUUUACUCGUCCUGAAUUUCAGUCCACAGCCUUCCACCAGACACUGGUACUGGAGCACAGCAUACAAGUGUCAAUCACAUAUUUUCUCGGAGACCAUCUGAUUGUCUUAAUAGUGCUGUAAGCAUGAUUUAAGAGCUAAUAUUUGGGAAUCAUUUGUUCAUAGCCAUCGGAGAAUCCACUUCACCUGUCAAUCACAGGUGUGUGAAAUGCAAAACUUCUAAUUGGCAGAGAGGGAGAGGGACUUUGUUUUGGUCGUUGAGCUGCCAAAUCUUAAAUGGUAAAUGGACUGCAUUUAUACAGCGCUUUCUCAAAGCGCUUUACAAUAUUGCCUCACAUUCACCCAUUCCUGCACACAUUCACACACCGACGGUGGUGUCAACCACGCAUGGCGAGAGCCCGUUCGUCAGGAGCAGUGAGGGUGUUGUAUCUCAGUGAGGGACACCUCGACACUCAGCAAGGAGGAGCCGGGGAUCGAACUAGCGACCAUCCCGUCACCAGCCAACCCGCUCUGCCUCCUGAGCCGCAUGUCGCCCAUCGUGCCGUGUUCCGCUCUGUUCAUCCCUCUCACUUCACGACUCUCCCGUCUCGCCGACAACACUUCUAACCUUUUGGCCGGUGGUUCUCUCACCAUGUCCUGGCUCUGGGACAGGAUGUCGAACAUGGCGUCGUGCCACUCCUCGAUGUGGACGUCCAGGAGGCGGGCGGAGGGGAAGGACCGGCGGCAGGCGGAGCAGACGUGACGGUGCAGCGAGUUGUAGUGGUGCUCGUACUCCUCCACGCUGCGGAACCGCUGGCAGCAGCCCGAGAUGUGGCAGCCGAACUCGGACACACUGCGAGGGGUAGGGGGACGCAAUAAGAUGCUUAAUGUAUGACAUCCAGCAACAUGAAGCCUAUAAUCUUGAACACGUGAAGGUGUCAUACAUGUGUAUGAAUAGGAGGUCGAUUUUCAAUGAAAGAACAUAGACUCUCAUUAAGCAAUGGAUGUUAUCUGAUGAAUGUCUUUUUAAUGAAACCUUACAUGCAGCAAAACAUUUAUACUUAUACUUAGUCUCCCAGUAGUUUGUCUUGCGUUUGCAAGACAAACAGGAAUGAGUACCGAACUACCUGUGCUUUGGCUGUUCGUCUGUCUCUGAGGAGGAGAGGUUCUGCAGAUACAUAUGUCUGUGGAUAUCCCCAUCCUGAUGAAAACAAAGCCAAUAUACAGUCAGAUCAUGUUAUUAUACAAUUAUAGCACUUAACAUAAUUCAUAAUUUAACAUAAUUCUGUGUUUUCUCUUGCAGACAAAUGUGUGUGCUAUAUUACCUCAAAUAGUUCGUGAUCCUUGCCCAGAUGUAUGCGUUGUGGUGUGAAUCUGAAAGGUGUGUCCUUCCCUCCAAAGCCACCCAUGUUUGAGACAGACAUCUGGAUAACCUUAUCUUACGUUUUCAACUCAACAAUGAUACCCACAUUAAAACGACAAUGUCCACAAUGUAACUGUACUUCAUGUUGUUAGUCUAAAUGACCCCAUGGUGGGGUUCAGUGCAUCAGAGGCGACCAUAGAAAAAGCGUGUUAGUUGUUGAUACUGUUUCAUUGGCGCACAGAAGGUACGUCAUAACAAUAUCUACGUCAUCAUGCCGCGUAGCUCGGGGUUGCGACCGACAGACACGAGAAGACAGAAACUUGCAACGUCGUUUAAAGUAAACUUCGUAUCCACUUACUUGACUAACACCUUUAAUAAAAACAAUUGUCGCACAAAUACAAAGACAUUCUCGAUUCACUUAAUUCCGUAUACUUGAGCGAUCAUAACAACCUUGUGCCGGGAGAUGGCGACAUAGCUAAAUAACGCCUUGGAUUAAUAUCACAUUAACGGAGUUUAAAUAGUCUAGAGAUGGUCUGGUUUUUAAUUGAAUCAAUUGAAUUUAUUCUAUUGUAGACAGAAUGAAUGCACCUGCGUUGCAGGUUUACAUUACGUUUUUCAGCUAGAAAAUAGACUUAAAACGUAUUGUUUGACAAAAUAUUUUCUGUAUAGAAAGUAAUUUACACACGCGGAAUCAGGAAUGUCUGUACAAUAACGGCACAAUAUAGCAGUAGCAUUUGAAUUUGAAUUCCGUCUGCUUUUUAAUACUUCGUAGGAUUUAAACAAUAUAUAUAUGCGGGGAUGUCGGAUGUGAGUGGAACUAAAGCAAUGGGGACUGUUAAAUUCCGCCAGAGGGGGAUACUUUUCAUCAACGGACCCGCGUGUCUCGCAAAGAGAUGUGGGUACUAUUAUUUUCUAUAUCUCUUUAUCACAUCACUCUUUUAACAUAACCGUGCGUCGUUCCUUUAUUGCCCCUUAUGGGAACUAGUUUUGAACAUCAUUCUAUAGCGAUGUUUGUCCUCAUGUUCCAUUUUUUAAAACAAUAUUAUGGUUAUACAUUAAAACAUUCGGGGUUACAAAUAAUUAAUAUAAAGUUUCAUAUGGUUGUUUUUGUGUCAUGACUGGAUCGUGGACGCCAAUGUUCCCUUUCAAUAAACUAAAAUCUGGGUCAAUGUCGUCUGUUAUAUUGACAUGAACGUAAAUAUUGUGAAAGUUCAACCUCGCAACCACCAAUGAGAAGGACAACCCCAUGAAUCGGGUCCCGUCCGCGCCCGUUGGUAGAUCAAGAUCAUACUUUCAGGGAUCAUUUCUAUAGUUUUUGACUUGAGAAAUAUCGUACGAAAGUGAUCGGUUACUCUAACCACGAUGAAGAGUACUGAUGUUCCCUUCUGAGCGCGAAGCGGGCAGUGAGUGAUGAUUUACUUCAUCCGCUCCUUGUCAUUGAUGACCGUUCCUUGCUCCCUAGUGGAGCCUGGAGGUAGGGAACAUGAUCAGAGUGG